UCUUCCCUCCUCUGCACCCCCCCUCUCUUUCUUUCUGCCUUUUUGCAGCCUUCGGAUACCCUCCCCGCCGCAGCCUCCUGGAUCCCCAGAAGAGCUAAACCCUUUUGAAAGCAGGCCCAUCCCUGCAGCCUCCAGAUUCCUCUCCCCGGACCCGCGAUGCAGCGUCGCGCCCUUUUCCUGUGCCUGCUGGCUCUCGCCACGCCUUGCAUCGGCUCGGCGCGGGGUCUCUUCCUGUUCGGGCAGCCCGAGUUCUCGUACAAGCGCUCCAACUGCAAGCCCAUCCCGGCGUCGCUGCUGCUGUGCCGCGGCAUCGAGUACCCCAACAUGCGGCUGCCCAACCUGCUGGGCCACGAGACCAUGCAGGAGGUGCUGGAGCAAGCGGGCGCCUGGAUCCCGCUGGUGCAAAAGCAGUGCCACCCGGACACGCGGAAGUUCCUCUGCUCGCUCUUCGCGCCCGUCUGCAUCGACGACCUGGACGAGACCAUCCAGCCCUGCCACUCGCUGUGCGAGCAAGUCAAGGACAGCUGCGCGCCCGUCAUGUCCGCCUUCGGCUUCCCGUGGCCGGACAUGCUGGACUGUAGCCGCUUCCCGCAGGACAACGACCUGUGCAUCCCGCCGGCCAGCAACGAGCACGUCCUGCCGACUCCCAGAGAAGCACCAAAAGUUUGCGAUGCCUGCAAAAGCAAGAAUGAGGAUGACAAUGAAAUAGUGGAAAACCUCUGCAAAAAUGACUUUGCCCUGAAGAUAAAAGUGAAGGAGAUCGCCUACAUCAAUGGGGACACCAAGAUCACUCCGGAAACAAAGAGCAAAACCAUCUACAAGCUGAAUGGGGUGACAGAAAGGGAUCUGAAGAAAACGGUGCUUUGGCUCAAAGGUGGCCUGCAGUGUACCUGCGACGAGAUGAACGAUAUAAAUGCACCCUACUUAGUGAUGGGACAGCGGAUGGCUGGCGAGCUGGUGAUCACCUCCGUCAAGCGAUGGCAGAAAGGCCAGCGGGCAUUCAAGAGGUUCUCACGCAGCAUUCGCAAACUGCAGUGCUAGUUGCUUGCCACGUUUGGCCCUGUCUAGUCACCAGCCUCAAGUUCUUCCAGGCGCCUUGCACCUCCUGGCUUCCACUGCAAAGCACAGCAGGCGUGGGAGAGGAAACGUCGUUUCUUUCUUUCUUUGGGGUGGGGGAGGAGGGAGAGGAAAGGGGAGCCUCCCCUCCCCAAUUUUGUACAUAUAGUAAAACUCUCAUUACAAAAAAAACAAAAACAUGAAUACUUUUUAUGAUUGUAUUAAAGUAUCUUGCUUAGAGCUAGCUAUUUGCAUCGGUGCAAAAUGUGACUUUAAUUUUUUUAAUCUUUUGUUUUGGUUUUUCCAUUUUGAACAGUCCUUCAAUGCGGCUAACGUUUCUGUAUAGGUUAUAUCACACGUUAGUUUUGUUAAUCAUCAAGUCCAGUUUGUCAGGUUCAGUUUUGAUGCGGUGCGAAAAGGGCUCCAUGAAAUGAUGUUGCCCUUUCUUUCUUGUGAUAGAUCUUGAGAAGAUAGUAAACCCCUGAUAUGGCUACUUUCUGGUCUAUUUGAAAGGGAAUCUGACAACGAUGUCAAGUCACUUUAUGAGGCAAAGGAGAGCUAGGAUUGCCACAUAUACACUUUUCCAUUUGGGGCUACAAUUCAACACAGAGUUAAAGAGAUUGCUUUAAGUCCUCUGAGUUCGGUGGGCUUGCACACAGCUUAUAGUUACAAUCCUGGAGUUUGUACUUAGUGGGGCUUACUUCUGUAAACAUGCCUAGGAUUGCACUAUAAAUCUGUGUUGAAUUGUGGGCAUUCUGUUUCAUUUUGACCUUGAAUAUUGGACCACAUUUUACCCAAGAUAAACAUGUCCCCUAUUUUUAUUCACUAUAGGGAAAGUGCGAUUGUCACAUGUGCUACUUAUGCAGGAACUGCGUCAAUAAAGGCAUAUUAACCAUUUGCACACAGUAUUUUAUACAAACCUGUUAAUAGUUUUAAACUGACUCAAUGCACAUUUGAGGAAGGUUUCUUUUUGUGCUAUUUUGGUACUACUGCCUUCACAAAUUAAACCUUUCCUUAGUCUAACUGUAAUAUAAGUAGUGGCUAUUCUGAAAGAGUUGUAAAAUAUUACUUUAACAAACCUUGUAAAUAUUCCAGAUAAACCUUAUAUUCUUGUAUAUAAACUUUACAUCAUAGUUUA